AUGAUAAUUAAAUAUCAUAGGUCAGGCUUAAGAUUACCUUUCUACGAUCCAGUUGCAUAUUGCGAUUCCUCAGUUAUGACUAAGUCUAAUACGGCCUAUAAGCCGUACAAGAAGGAGCGGGGCACUAUGGUUUACACGCCAACUAAUGUUGAAGAAUCAAAUGGUGGAAUUAUUGAAAGUGUCCGGAAUUUCAUAGAACAACUCUAUUGGAUGUACUACGUCCAUUUGCCAUACUAUUUAAUGACAGAUUUUGAUGCUUUCUGUUUACAUACACUUUUUCUUGUGAUGUUCAUCUUGUCUUUAUUUGGCUUGGUGAAAUGGUUAGUGAGCCUUUAUGGUAUUUUGGAUCAGAGCUGGAAGGGCUUAAUGUAUGUGAGUUCUGAUCAAUUGGGUUGA